CAGAGCUUCAAGCGACCAUUUAAUUUAUUGCUAGUGAACGCUACCAAGCGGACUUCCGGUUCCGAAUAAUUGGCCGUCAGUGUCGCUCGAUUGUGAUGUCUCGCGAACGGAAGUUUAGUCGAGUUGACGGAUGUUGUUAAACAUCAAUUGCGAACAUCGGUUUCAAAUUGUUCUGCUACGCAUCGAAAAAACAUAGUUAAGCGUCACUUUUUUCAAAAAGUCAGUUUUUUAUGUCAGUGGUAUCGUGAAAGUAGGCUCCGCCUAUCAUGGUUAAAAUUACAAUUCUUACUCAUUUAUAAUGAAAAAUGAAUGUUUAAAAUUCCUAAUAUUGAGAAAAUUGAUCAAAUGCAAUAGAAAAAUGUAUGGAAAGUACUUUGCGGUGCCUGAAAUUUGUAAGAGAAGUUGAAUGCAUCACGAAAUACAAGGGAAGAAUACAAGCAAAGUGCUUUGCCGAUGACUUGCACGGCGUUGGCGUAUUCCACUUGUAUCGAUUGCAGCUGUCCAUUAUAUUUACAUAGGCAUCAUGUGUCCUUACACGAAUCUCAAGGAUCUAAAGGGUGGAAAGAUGUCAGAACUUAAGCUAAGCUUAAGCUAAAUGGAUUAAUGUUAGAAUUACUAGUGGUUACUGAAAUAAUGAUGAUCUACAGCAAACUUAUAUUAACUUCAAAGAGAUUAAAAUUAAAUGCCUUAAAUGUAACAAUAGUGUGGUUAGUUUGCCGGCAUGUCGACUAGCAAGGUGAAUGAGAGGCUCGAUGACGAAGAUUCAUGUGGAUCUGCACCUCACACUCGUCACGUUCAUAUUGAUCUACGAAUACCUCCAUUUGACGAAUUAUUCGAACCAAUUCAGAUUGUUUUAACGCGAAAUAUGAGCCGAAAAGGUCGUCGGUUCACUCAGUGUCCACGAUUCCAUCAAAGAAGGCAUCAUCACUGAGAACUAUGCGACUUCCGGUAUCGGAGCAAUCACAUCAGGAACAUCCAGAUGAACUACUCCAUUUAAAAACGUCACCAUUAAGGAUAAUUAAUGGUGAGCGUACGACGAUAGAAGAGUUUCCAUUUUUGGUGUCGCUUCAGAAAAAUGGGACUUUUUUCAAUCAUACUGUUGAACACUUCUGCUGUGGCAAUAUUAUCGAUCAAUUUUGGGUCGUCACAUCUGCCCAGUGCAUUAAGUCGAAAAGUGUUGAAGAUUUCCAAAUCAGAGCGGGAUCAACGAGCUAUUACAAGGAUGGUGAGGUGUAUAAACCAGCAGACAUUUUCGUGCACCCCAACUUUGUCGACGCUCGACAAGGCUUCGACCUUGCUCUGAUCAAAUUGUCUGCUCGCGUAACUUUCAGCGACAGAGUGCAGGCGAUCGAACUGCCAGAACCAGGCAAAGUUAUUGACGAUGAUAUUCAACUCAAUAUUGCCGGGUGGGGUUCAGUACAGCAAACACAAAGUGUGUCAGAUGGACUUCGUAAAACUCAAGUAACCAAAAUUAGUACGAAAAUAUGUGAGACUACUUAUGGAAAAGAUUCAAUUCCAGAUGAGGUUUUCUGCAUUUUUAGAAACGGUUAUGGUCCUUGUGUGGGAGAUACAGGUUCUGCAGCCGCAGCAAAUGGCACUCUCUUUGGUAUGGCAUCGUGGAGUGAUUCGUGUGGCUACGAAUAUCCCACUGCUUACACGAAUAUACCGGAACUGACGGAAUGGAUAAGAGAUGUGUCACAAGUUAAUCAAAGACAGAGCUCUUACGCUACAAAGAACACGGCUAACUUUGGUCUUAUCUCGACAAUGUUAGCACUGCAAUCACGGCAAUAUAUGUUUCCUUAAAGUGAGGAUAUUAUUUUUUAGGAAAACAUACUUAACGGUAAAAAUUAUUAGAGAAAGUAACAGCAAUGUUAAAUUAAGACAAAUAUGAGAAUUGAAAAUUUAAAUGGAUAGAUAAAUUGUCACUGUGCUAAAUGUAAGAUUAAAGUGUCCAUAACUUCAAAUGUCUCUUCAUGUUCUUCGCCGGACUGAAAAAAUC